AUGUCGCUGCUGAAGCCGCCCAAUCCCAUGGCCGCCCAUCCGCCGCAGCCGCCCCUGCCGCGCUACCCCUUCCUGGGCUGCGAGUCCCUGGCGGAGGCGGAGGCGGACAUAGACUCCGAUUCGGAGCAGGAGCGCCCACAACUGGACGACGAGGAUGCCGCCAUCGAUGUGGAGGCGGAUGAGGAGCAGGAAUCCCAGGAAUCGCCAGGAAUCCCGUCGAAGGGCGGCCUUUGCCUGGACAGCAAGGAGCAUCCCGGCCAGCACAAGGAGGCAGUUGCUCCUGCCGCGGACAAGUCCGCCAACCAAAAGGCCUACUGAGCCCAAAUCCAACCAAGUGGGAGGCACGGAGAAGGGAAGACCUCUAGGGACAAAAUAUUUUAAAGCUCUAGAAAUUUUCGAAGAGGAAUCUUUAGUAUUUAAGAAUUUAAGAGAAUGAUAUUUCAAUGGUUCCAUAUCAAGAUGGUCUUUCCCCACGCCGUGCCAAACCACAUCAAUUGGUUUCAAAGUUUUUAAGAUAGUUCGUUCCUAAAAAUCCCCUGUACAUAGCAGACAACUCAAGCUCCUUGUACAUUUAAAUGUCUCUUGCUCAAUAAGUUUAGGCUUUAACGAAUCCCCACACCAUGUACAUAUACUCGGAUCGCAAGUGGAUAGUGUGGGGCGCUUGGUUUCUAGUAUCGUUUUUGUUUUAGCUUUUGAAUCUUUGAAUUGCUGGUCAAGUUUAGGUUAAGUUCGAUAUGCUACGCCGGGAUCCCUCGGGGCCAGGGCAAUCAGUGUUAGUAUAGUGCUAUGCGUAAGAUGUGUGUCAAGCAAUUACCAAAUAAUUAGUUAAAUUAUUUAUACUUUAAUCGAAUGUUAACAUAAUCCAAACUUCAACCGAAACCAAACCAAACUCAUAAACGUACACACACAUUGACAGACAUGAAAUGCUUAUAAAUAUACAAAAUAACAAAUUAUAUAUAUAAAGAUAUUAAUAAAUUAUAUAAACAUACAG